AUGGUCAUUGAUAUUGCCAACCAGCCUCAAACUGGUGAGAAUGGCCUGUCAGUGGAGGAUGCAUCCGAUCCCUCGACACGCUUGCUGCAAGAUGAAGAAGAUUGUGACGAUGAUGAUAAUGAUGAUGAUUCCUCAAGAGACGACGAUGAAGACUGUGAUGAGGAUGAGGAUGGCAUUUCAUCCGAAUACGUUGUCGAUGCAUCUAAAAAUGAUGAAGAUUGUGAUAAUGAAAAUGAGAGACCAUCACCUUCUGCUACCAAUGCUUCAUCCAAACCAGCAGCCCAAGUACCCACCUCCCCAUUUGUCACAGACAGCGAAGAUGGAGCACGUCCAACAGUAACAGCCUACACCACCAUCACAAGCGAAAUUUUUAGCCCAUCAGCCGAUAUGCUUCACGCCAGCAGCAGCAUUGAAUCGGAUGUAAUCGAAAGCAAUGGCCAUACGAAAGCUCGUGUAUCUAUAUCCUUACUUGGCGUCUUGCCAUUUGCACUCGUUGUAUGGUUGCCUUAA